UGAUACGAAAACUUUUAUUGGACAAUGCGCAAAAUAAAUUUUAAAGUGCGCAAAAGCGAAAGUAAAAUACGGUCAUUUUUCUUUCUUUCCCUCGUUUAUCAAAGGAAAAGAGAAGAGGUACAUCUUGAUGUCUCAUUUAGGAAUGAGCAAGCCAAAUUUACCCUCGAUACAUUUUUUGCUACAAGAAGCAGACGAAACUGCAACUACCAUCUCUCCUGAUGCAAAUACUUGUAAUAUUGUCGACGAUAAUUCAAUAGCUCCGCAGCCGUCAAAUUCAAAAAGACGUUAUGGCCAUAGAGUCUCUCGAAGCGUGAGCAGUCUUCCUGUGGAUCUGCAAGCAUUAUCGUUGCAAGGGCCGGAGGAUAGGAUUGAGCAACAGUCUGUUGAAGCAGUACAUCAAUCUUUUCUACAACAAUCAAAACAGCAGCCGGCAUUUCAGCAAAUUCAAACCGAACCCUAUAAUGGUAUACCCUCUAAUUCGGCAGAAAAACCACCGAGCUGGAUGCUGCCCAAUGAUAGGCCACCUGCAAUAAUGAUGAAUUAUACUUCGUCAUCUUCACCUGCACCUACUAGCAUUUCAUCAUUAUCAUCUACAUCAGUAGCAACAGCACAUACUAGAAGAAAAGCGCCAUAUACGGGUCAUGGGAGAUCUGUAUCAGAAAUCACUUUACCACCUAUAUCCUCUGCAUUAUCACAACCCUUUCCACAGCCUUUGCCGUAUCCUACAACACUAGGAACACCUUCUCGGCCUGCUUCAGCAACAUCAAUACUACCAGCCAAUAACACUUCAAUCACGACUACUACUAAUAAUAACAAUAAUUUUACUCAACGGACAGCAGCCAAUUCAAGCCAUAAACAAACGCAAACACAUCACACGCAUAGAAGAGCAAUAUCUGCAAAUACAUUGGAUUUCAUGUUAUCUCCAUCAUCACAUUCGUACAGUAGAGCACAGUCAUAUAGUCCACAAGAACAAUCACUGAAUCUCAUCAGUCAAUAUCGUCAACACCCUCCGUCCUCUAACUUUUUCGAGCAACUCGGAACGGGUGCUGAUAGAACAAUAAUCAAUCAUAAUGCCGGUAAUAAUAAUGGAACAGCCAACACUUCUUCCAUAGAACCAUCAUCCUCUGCUGCUGCUGGACGGUAUGCAUGUCCUUAUUGCCAGAAGAAGUUUUCCAGACCUUCCUCAUUGAGAAUUCAUACUUAUUCGCAUACUGGAGAGAAACCGUUUGUAUGUACAGAGCCUGGGUGUGGGCGACAUUUCAGUGUGCAAAGUAAUAUGAGACGACAUUUGCGAGUUCAUCGAUUAGGUCGCAACAAUAACGUGAGCAGCGGCAGCAGCAACAACGGCAACACUACUGGAAGUACACCAACUGUUUUAGAAGAGGAUAUUGAUACAGAAUAAAGAUAUGCAGUCGCGGAAAGACACAUGUGCGAGUUUACCUUAAGCAAAGCAACUGUUUUGCUGUGAUACUAUUAUUAACUUUUACCGUACAACUUCUGCGAGAUCAUAACUCUAAACAUUUACACGAAAGAUGUCUCACCAAGCUGAUUUCGAAACUCUUACUGUAUACGUAUAAUACUUUAUUAUCAUAGACUGUACUAGCUCUUUUAUGUAUCAUUUUUAUCAAUCUGCUCGUUAAAUCUAGUAGUAAAUGCAAUAAAAGAGCGUGUUUACGCUAUUUUAGGAGCGCCAACAAUGCCUUUUAAGGUAAUCACGC